AUGAACACUGGUCAAUGCCAAACCAACGCAGUGCACACGUUUGUUAAUAGAGCGGAAAAGGGCGCGUCGUCAGGCUUUGAGAAUGCGUCUUCGUCCAACAGAACCAAGAGUAUUCAAGGUCCAUCAGCGACCUGUACAAAUAACGUUGAGCAGAGAUUUUUCCGGUAUUCAAACACAUUUGAUCAUUCGCCGUCUUACAGGGAUGCGUUUUCUAGGACUACAGAGGAUCCAAACCAGAAAUUCUCAGCGCCAAAAAUAGACUGUAGAGGAACUUCCUGGGCUACGGAUUUCAAACGUAGUUACACUAGCCAAAUGGAAAUCCCUCUGCGAAACGAAUUAAAUAAUCUCAACUUAAGUACAGAAAUACGCACGCCUCAGGCAGCGCCAUCUUUAGGGUUUUCACGCCAUACUAUGGACAUGGCUUCGUUUUCCACGACAGAUCAUCAAUUACCGAAGGCAAGGAACCUGGAACUUCCUAUAAAUAGUUGUUUUGACUCUUUAAUCAACGCAGAGUUCUUGAAACUAGAAGGUAACGAUUUACACGAAGAAUCCAAUACAGGCGAAAUAAGUCCAAACGCGGGGUUGGAAAAGGAAGAAGCUGCCAUGAAAGGCUUGGCUUCCGAUAUAGUGGAUUUUUGUGAUAGCAAUAGCACGGAUGAUAACCUAAAAGAAAGACUAGCAAGUUCAAAAUUUGUUGGACUAAUGGGUAAUAUUAGUGAUGGCUCUGUGAUUUUGAAAAAAGAUGAAGGUACAAAAAAAGAUUGUCGAAAACAUGUAGGUUUUUGUUUUGAGGGUACUGAAAGUUGGGCUGGCUUCGAAUUCCAUGAUGUUGAAGACAGAAUUGCGUAA